CUGACCCGCCGGCCGCCCUUGAGUUGGAGCCGUGGGGCUAGGAAGCCGGAGCCCGCGACUCCGAGGCGGAGCGGCCACCAUGGCCAAGUACCUGGCCCAGAUCAUUGUGAUGGGGGCGCAGGUGGCGGGCAGGGCCUUCGCACGGGCGCUGCGGCAGGAGUUUGCAGCCAGCCGGGCAGCAGCUGAUGCGCGAGGACGUGCUGGACACCAGUCUGCAGCUGCCUCUAACCUGUCCGGCCUCAGCCUCCAGGAGGCCCAGCAGAUUCUCAAUGUCUCCAAGCUGAACCCUGAGGAGAUCCAGAAGAACUACGAACACCUAUUCAAGGUGAACGAUAAGUCCGUGGGUGGCUCCUUCUACCUGCAGUCCAAGGUGGUCCGAGCCUGGGAGCGCCUGCAGGAGGAGCUCAGGAUCCAGGCCCAGGAGAAAAGAGAGAAGGAACAGAUGCCCAAAACGUGACCGCUCAGCUCGCCCCACUGCACCCAGCCCACCUCCUUUAAUUUAUAGUUUGGUAAUAAAUGUCCUUUCUGCAUUUCUCAAUGCACACAUCCAGAUUCCAGCCAGUCCUGCCCCCCUGGUGCCAGGCCCCUCCUGCAGCAUCAGUGUCCUUAGGUCUCCCUCACCCUUCCCAGGAGGUACAGAGCCCUGCACCCCCGGCUCUGCCACAGGCCGCCUCUCCCUGAGCAGGGUUUCAUGCUAGCAUCUCUGGAAUCUGGGUGGAAUGUUCCAGUGCCACCAGGAAAGAGAAGCCUUCACCAGACUCUCAUUGGACCGAGGCCAGGGAGUUGUGUCUCCCCCAGAACGAAGGCUUAGCUCACCAAAGUCACAGCAGGUAGUGGCAGGGUGAGGACCUGAACCCAUGAUACUUAUCCAGAAUCUUCUCUCUCUGCUCCCUCCAGCACUUGCCCCCUCCCAGCUCCCAGCAGUAGACCUGGCAGUAGUGGCAGCCGCAGGGUUGGAAGGAAGCCCUGGAAUGGGGUCUCUGGGUGCUGCCUGCUGGGGGUAGGAGACCC